AUGGCGAAGGAGGAUCAAGAUCACGACGUGUUUCUGGUCGACGUCGCAAUACUAUUUGGCGUAAUUCUUUGUAAGGCCAAGAAAACCUAUUCCGCGAUUAUUUUGCGGAAUCGGCGAUAUUUUGUUCAAGAAAGAAAUGCUGCUGGAAAGCUCGGACAUUCUUCUCUACAAAAGAUGACUGCUGCAAUUAGGAUGCUCGCUUAUGGAGUAACUGCAGAUUUGAUGGAUGAAUACUUACGGAUUGGAGAAAGGACAGCAAUGGAUAGCUUUAUACAUUUUGUUAAAGCGGUAGUUUCAAUUUUUUCUGCCGAGUACUUGAGGUCGCCAAACUCAGAAGACAUUGCUAGAUUGCUAGCAAUUGGCGAAAGUCGUGGAUUUCCAGGAAUGCUGGGAAGCAUCGAUUGCAUGCAUUGGAAGUGGAAGAAUUGUCCAAAUGCUUGGAAAGGGUCUCAUAAUGAUAUAAAUGUGUUAGAACGAUCUGAUGUAUUUGCCAAUCUAGCUGAAGGGCGUGCUCCUCCGGUCAACUACUCAAUCAAUGGUCACGAUUAUACAAUGGGAUACUAUCUUGCCGAUGGUAUAUAUCCUUCGUGGGCAACAUUCGUAAAAACAAUUCAUGCUCCACAAGGAAACAAGAGAAAAAAUUUUGCUGCAGCUCAAGAGUCGGCAAGAAAGGACGUAGAGCGAGCGUUUGGAGUGCUUCAAGCACGAUUUGCAAUUGUGCGUGGACCUGCACGGUUAUACCAACCUGAACUUCUUAAAGAUAUUAUGAUGGCGUGCAUAAUAUUGCAUAACAUGAUCGUUGAGGAUGAACGAGAUAUGUAUCUUGGAGCAGAUGAAUUCAAUUAUGAGCAAAUCAAUGACGUUCCACUCGAACCACCGUCACACGAAGUUACAAAUGAAGUUGUGGAGUUCAUGCAAAAUCGUCAUCGUAUUAGAGAUCAAGAAACACAUUUGCAACUUCAAUUAGACCUCAUUGAGCAUUUAUGGCAAAUACAUAGUCAAUCGUAA